AUUUCCCUGCCCAAAACCGCCGAGAAUAACGGCACUGCGCCGCGCUCUCUAUUCGCGAUAGUUUCGAUCGAUACGCCGCCGCCUCGGGUCGCGACAGCUGCUGGAUGCUGAAGCCUGGUAUCCCCGCUUUUCGCCCGCGCUCUGACUGUUACCGCAGCCGCUCGACGUGCACGCUACCUCGCGCUCCCAGCCACGCCCGCAUUUCCGACAGCAAUAAGUCCACAUGGUGGGCGUGACUAAACAAAAGCGGGUGGAUUGAGGAUCAGUCUACCAUGGCAGGAUACGAUUACGGCGGCAGCCCAGGUGCUGAUUGGGGCCAUGGCCAUCAUCAACCCGGCCCUGAUGUUCCAUACCGGAUGGAACAAGAGCCUAGCGGCCUCGCGCCGGCUCUUCCCCGGCAUAACGGGGCCCAUGGCCAUCAAGGAGGGAGGCCGCCGGCCUCGCCCGCAUUAAGUGCCGACAACACCGACACCGAGUCGAGACGCAGCGAGGAGAGGAAUCGGUCAAGGCCGCGGGGCUCCAGGUCGGCCAGCGGCCAAGUGCGCACCUGCAAGAAAUGCGGCGAGCCGCUGACAGGGCAGUUCGUGCGUGCGCUCGAUGGGACGUUUCACUUGGACUGCUUCAAGUGUCGCGACUGCGGGCAAAUCGUAGCUUCCAAGUUCUUCCCGGCCGACGACGAGAACGGCAUGGGGCAGUACCCGCUUUGUGAGACGGACUACUUCCGUCGACUCGGCUUGUUGUGUCAUCAGUGCGGCGGAGCACUGCGGGGAUCAUACAUCACCGCCCUCGAUCGCAAGUAUCACGUCGACCACUUCACUUGCUCCCUGUGCCCGACCGUCUUUGGUGCCCAAGACAGCUAUUACGAGCACGAUGGCCAGGUGUACUGCCACUUUCACUACUCUACCCGGUUCGCUCAGCGCUGCAACGGCUGCCAGGCCUCCAUUCUCAAGCAGUUUGUUGAGAUCUUCCGGAACGGGCAGAACCAGCACUGGCACCCAGAGUGCUACAUGAUCCACAAGUUCUGGAACGUCCGCCUCAACCCGCCACAGGAGGCUGCUGUCCCGAUCUCGGACGAUCCUGCUGGCCGCGAGCUGGUCCGCGAGGAGGAGGAGCGCAUGGAAGAGAAAGUCUACCGUAUAUGGAGCGUCCUGUCGACAUUUGAAGAGUCCUCGGCCGCCUGCAUAUCGGAUAUGCUUCUCCAUGUGAGCAAUGGCGCCUACAUCGACGGCGUCAUGGUCGCCAAAAGGUUCAUCUUCCACGUCGACAUUCUCUUCCGGUCCGCGGACAGGCUCGAUGCAGCCAUGGCCCGGCUCGAGAUGAACGCUCUCGCCUACGGUCGUGAAGCCAAGCUCCUUUGCAAGAAGAUUGUUGCAUUCUUCUCGCUCCUGUCCAAGACUCAGGACAAGGCGAAUCGCAAACCUGGCGUGACCCAGGACUUACUGACCCUGGUCACCGGUCUUGCCCAUUACCUCAAGCUGCUCAUCCGCAUUUGCCUCCAAGGGGCGCUGCGCAUAGAGAAGGAGCGCAAUAACUCCGAUGGCCUGUAUCAGUUUCUAGACGACCUCAACGACCUCGAGACGCUCAAGGCCGACGAUAACUCCACGACCACAUUGCAACUGACGUCUGGCACGUCGAGGCUGUCGGCCCAUGAUUCGGACCAAUGCGCGUUGUGCCGGAAGCCAAUCGAGGACGAAUGCGCAAAGAUUGACGACAGAAGAUGGCAUCUCGCCUGCGCCAAUUGCUCGCGAUGUGGCAAGGAACUCGGUCGCAAUCUCCAGGACGCACACCUCAAUCCUUACGACGCCAAGAUCUUCUGUAACACCUGCGAACCCAACUCGCCGCCUAACGCCGCCCCGCUUCAACAUGUCACCAAGUUGCAACAGUACGUCUUUUUGCUCCAGGUUGCACUCGCUAGGCUCCUAGAGAUCCUUCGGGUCAGCGGCGCGAUCCCCCCUCACUCCGAGAAUCAGAACGGAGAUGGAUCGGGUUCCGCUGAAGGUCGAUCCGGACCGUACGGCGGCCAGUACCAGAGGCAUCACCGAGAGUCGUCCUAUGAAAGUGCCGUCAAUGAUGUCAAGAGGUUGAAGAGCACCCGUCUGGACAAGCACCUGUCGUCGAGUUUUAGGAAAGCUAGAACGUCUCGGAUCCUGGAUGGGCCCGAGAGCAGCAGUGCACGGCCCGGAUCAGCCGGCGGUGGCCAGGGCGAGGGCGGUUUCAACAAGGGCUUUCAGAUUGUCGAGGAACGAGGCCCGGCCGACGAAGAGGACGUAAUGUUGCCCAACCAGGAUGCCAUAACGCUCGAUGACAUCCCGAAGAUCAUCGCCGCUGAGCAAGCGCGGGAGCAACGGUCAUACCCUCCGCAACGGCAAGAAUAUUACCGCUCGCCAGCGACCGAGCCUCACUAUGGGGCCAGAGAACCAGCGGGUGGUAAUGGUCACCAGCGCAGCCUCUCGGAUGGCAAAGGAACGGGCGCUUGCGCCCCUGGAGACCAGCCCCCCCCAGUGCGCAAUCGGCGCUACUUCUCUGAACUCUCGGGGCUGGAGUACUUCAUUGUGAGGCAUCUUGCCGUUUUGACCAUGCACCCCAUGGUCGAGUCCGAGUUCACACUCGAGGAGCUUCUGAGCUUCAUCGAGAGCAGGAAACCGCCGAACUUCUGGAAGAAUAUCGGCAAAGCCUUCAAGAAUGACGGCCGCAAAAACGUCAAGAAAAAAGGAGUCUUUGGCGUUCCCUUGGAGGUCAUCAUCGAGCGAGACGGCGCAGAGUCUACAGACGGUGUGGGGCCCGGGACUCUGCGGAUCCCGGCAGUUGUCGACGAUAUCAUCUCGUCCAUGAAGCAGAUGGACCUCUCCGUCGAGGGUGUCUUCCGGAAGAAUGGCAAUAUUAAGAAGCUUGGCGAGCUCGUGGAGAAGCUUGACAAGGAAGAGCAGGUGGACUUCAGCUCGACGAAUGUCGUUCAGGUGGCUGCCCUGCUGAAGCGCUAUCUUCGAGAGCUACCGGAUCCCUUGAUGACGCACAAGCUCUACCGGCUGUGGCUGACGGCCGCAAAGAUCCCGGACGAGCAAAAGAUGCGCCAUUGCCUCCAUCUAACCUGCUGCCUGCUUCCGAAGCCGAACCGGGACUGCCUGGAAAUUUUGUUCUGCUUCCUCAAAUGGGUCGGAUCGUUCCAUCAGGUCGAUGACGAGUCCGGGUCCAAGAUGGACAUCAAAAACUUAGCCACUGUCAUGGCCCCCAACGUACUAUUCGACAAGAAUAAGACGUCGAGCCUUGACAGCGACCCGAUGUAUGCGAUUGAAGCGGUUGAGGUGUUGAUAACAAACAUCGGAGAGAUGUGUUUGGUCCCUGACGAUCUCGUCGAACUCCUCAAUGAUCAAGCCCUUUUCAACUCCAAUGGGGAACUCACCACUAAGGACAUUCUCAAAAAGUUUUCGGACCGAGCCGCGCUUGGGCUAGGCCCACGGCAGUAUGCCGAAGUGACUGAAAUUGUCGGCCGACACGAAAACCCCACACGCCCCCCGCCGAGGCGGAUGGAGACCGACCCAUCGCAGUGGCAGCAGGAAAGCAGUGUCCGGCACGUUCAGGAGCCGACGCAACCCUACGGCCAGAUGCACGUCGGGACGCCGCCUCCAAAGAGAGGAGGACCCUACGAUGCUGCGCCGCCCCAGCAUUCUCCAUAUAACCAGCCUGAUCAUCAGGCUGGGCAAACGCCGGACGGAAACGGUCGCAAUGGUGGGCAGCAACUGCCCCCGCAGCAGCAGCAGCAGCAGCAGCAGCAGAGAGACUGGCGGAACUCGGGAUGGGGGAGACAAAAUAGCGGGUUGACAACCGGCACCGUCUAGGAGACAGGUGGUCCUGGUGGUGACGAUUCUGCGGCUUCUCCCUGACAUGGCUGGGCCGAAAACCCCCAUCCUAUCUUGGCCCCUUUCAUUCCCCCUCCUCUUUUUCUUUUUUCUUUUCCUUUUUUUUUCUACGGCUAGGCUUGGCGCAGACGGCGUAUUGUUUUGGUACUUGCAGGCACUGAUAGCAAGCA